AGUAUUUUUUAAUAUGGCGGAAGCAUUGACCGCCGUCGGGUUAUCUGAUUUUUUUCUAAGUGCGGAUCGAAAAAUUAACGCAAUUAUUAUACGAGUGUAAUGAUAAUCUAAACGUUGAAAAUUGUGUUUCCGUAUUGAUAAAAAAAUAUUAAAUUUGCAUCAUUAAAACUGUUAAUUCAGUAUUAAAAAUGUCGAAGAGAAGAGGUUUUGGUGAUGAUGAAGACAACCCACCGACUCCGUCUGAUGAUUCAGACUUUGAUGAUGAUGAGGAUCCAGAUAACUUGGAAGUACCAGGCGGUGGUAAAACCUUGGCAGCUGCCGCUCAAAUGGGAGUUAAAGCAAAGGUCACUGCUGGCCCACAACCAAUUAUUAUUAGACCAACUACAAAUCCGUUAGCAGCUGCAUCGGGACUGGCAUUUGGACAGGCCUCUAAUAUGAAACCUAUUAAAAUACAAGCAGGACUAAAUAAACCCAGACCUAUGGUAACACUGGGACGUGGUGUUGUGCCAUCUGUGGGGCCGGUUCCCUCCUUCGCUGGUGCCGGCUCCUCUGCAGCGUUCAAUGCUGCCUCCCUACUCGCUCAGAUGGAGAUGGUAGGCGCGCAAGGAAUGAACUCCUACCUGCUGCAAAAUUUAAACCAGAUCCUGGUGUCUGGGAUGGUAGCUCAGUACGGACAGAUGCCGCCCUGGGCACAAGCUAAGCCUGGCAUGUGGCCACAUGACAAGAUGCAAGGUGAUGAAGAAGAAGUGGACGAUGAAGAGAUGGGAGUUGCGGAGACAUAUGCAGACUAUAUGCCCUCUAAAUUGAAGCUGGGCCGCAAGCACCCCGACCCGGUGGUGGAGACGGCGUCGCUUUCGUCGGUGGAGCCGGUGGACGUGACGUACUCCAUCAGCCUGCCGGAGGAGACGGUGCGCGGCGGGCUGCUGUCGGCGCUGCAGCUGGAGGCGGUGGUGUACGCCAGCCAGGCGCACGAGCACACGCUGCCCGACGGCACCAGGGCUGGCUUCCUCAUAGGUGACGGCGCUGGUGUGGGCAAGGGUCGUACGAUCGCGGGCAUCAUUUUCGAGAACUACCUGAAGGGUCGCAAGCGCGCCAUCUGGGUGUCCGUCUCCAACGACCUCAAGUACGACGCUGAACGAGACCUGCGAGAUAUUGGAGCUGGGAAAAUUGAAGUCCAUCCGCUCAAUAAGUUCAAAUACGCGAAGAUAUCGUCAGCUGUGAACGGUAAUGUGAAGAAGGGAGUUGUGUUCUGCACGUACUCUGCGCUGAUUGGUGAGACGCAGUCCUCCAGCACCAAGUACCGCUCGCGGCUGAAGCAGCUGCUGCAGUGGUGCGGAGAGGACUUCGAUGGAUGUAUUGUAUUCGACGAAUGUCACAAAGCGAAGAAUCUUUGCCCGGUGGGGUCGGGCAAAGCUACAAAGACGGGUCUUACUGCAUUAGAGUUGCAGAACAAGUUACCAAAAGCACGAGUAGUGUACGCCUCCGCGACGGGCGCUUCCGAGCCUCGCAAUAUGGCGUACAUGGUCCGUCUCGGUAUAUGGGGGGAGGGGACACCCUUCCCUACAUUUAUGGAUUUCAUUAAUGCUGUAGAAAAGAGAGGUGUGGGCGCUAUGGAGAUAGUGGCAAUGGACAUGAAGCUGCGAGGGAUGUACAUCGCGCGCCAGCUCUCCUUCCACGGCGUCACCUUCAAGAUAGAAGAGGUCCCGCUCUCUGAUGCAUUCAAGGAGACUUACGAUAAAGCCGUCGCUUUGUGGGUGGAGGCAAUGCAGCGUUUCACAGAAGCAGCUGAGCUGAUAGACGCGGAGUCCCGCAUGAAGAAGACCAUGUGGGGACAGUUCUGGUCUGCGCAUCAACGGUUCUUCAAAUACCUGUGUAUUGCUGCUAAGGUGAACCAUGCGGUAGUGACUGCCCGCGAGGCGGUAAAGUGCGGCAAAUGUGUGGUGAUCGGUCUGCAGAGCACGGGCGAAGCGCGCACCCUCGACCAGCUAGAGCGAGACGACGGCGAACUCAGCGAUUUCGUCUCCACCGCCAAGGGCGUGUUUCAAACGUUGGUAGAGAAGCACUUCCCCGCGCCGGACCGGACUCGCAUUAAUAGGCUGCUGGGGCUGGAGGCCAAGCCCGCCACCAUCACGCACGCGGCCGCACACAACGGACGGAAUGGUGAUGACGCUAACACCUCUAAGAGGAAACUAACUCCCCGUCAGCAAGCGAAUGUGGCUGCGAAGCGCGCCCGCGGCGGCUCCUCUUCCGAUGAGUUCAUACGCGGCUCCGACGACGAGUUGGAAGACGAGUUGGCCGACGAAUCUGACGACGGCCGACAUUCGGAUUCCGAUCAGAGUGACUCCAAUCCGUUUAGAGCGGGACGGGAGAGCGACAGUGAUGAUGAUCCAUGGAUCAAUCGCAAGAAGAAGCCAAUUAAAAAGAAGAAAGCAGCAUCACCUAAGAAGAAGGCGGCGAGCACGCAGGACAAGAUCGAAACGAUGUUCGAGAGGAAGACGAGCGCGCCCCCCACCGUCACCGUCACCACGGCCGGCGGCCACUCCCUCACCGGCACGCCCGUCGGGACUAACGGACUAUAUCUAGGACCGAGUCGCAACCAGCCGCCGCCGCGGUCCGCCAUCGAGCGCGCCUGCAGCAUGAAGGAGGAACUCCUUGCAGCUAUAGAGAAGCUGGGCCGCCGCCUGCCGCCCAACACACUCGACCAGCUGGUGGAUGAGCUGGGCGGCACUGAGAAUGUCGCUGAGAUGACUGGGCGCAAGGGGCGCGUGGUGCAGACGGAGGAGGGUCAGAUCCUGUACGAGAGCCGGUCGGAGGCGGACGUGCCGCUGGAGACCCUCAACCUAACGGAGAAGCAGCGCUUCAUGAACGGGGAGAAGGAUGUCGCUAUUAUAUCUGAAGCUGCAUCUAGCGGUAUCUCACUACAAAGCGAUAGGAGGGCGAGGAAUCAAAGACGGAGAGUGCAUAUAACACUAGAGCUGCCCUGGUCAGCGGACAGAGCUAUACAACAGUUUGGUCGUACUCACCGUUCUAAUCAAGUGAACGCACCAGAAUAUAUAUUCCUGAUCUCGGACCUCGCGGGCGAGCGGCGCUUCGCCUCCACGGUCGCCAAGCGCCUGGAGUCCCUCGGCGCGCUCACACACGGCGACCGCCGCGCCACCGAGACACGCGACCUCAGCCAGUUUAAUAUAGAUAAUAAAUAUGGUCGCACGGCGCUGGAGGCGGUGAUGAAGGCGAUAAUGAAGUACGAGACGCCGCUGGUGUCGCCGCCGCGAGACUACGCCGGGGACUUCUUCCAGGACGUGGCGGUCGCGCUCGUUGGUGUCGGCCUUAUAGUCAACAGCGAGAGCGCGCCCGGAGUACUCUCGCUAGACAAGGACUACAACAACAUGUCAAAGUUCCUCAACAGGAUAUUAGGAAUGCCGGUAGAGUUGCAGAACAGGCUGUUUAAAUACUUUACGGACACGCUAGCGGCUGUUAUGGAGCAAGCUAAACGCAGCGGGCGCUUCGACCUGGGUAUCCUGGACUUGGGCAGCGCGGGCGAGAGCGUGCGCCGCGUCGCCUGCGUGCGCUUCCUGCGCCGGCACGCCACCGGCCGCGCGCCCGUCGACCUCAUCACCGUGCAGACUGAGCGCGGUAUGGAUUGGAUGGAGGCGUUGGAGAAGGAGUCUGAGCUGACGGGCCCCAAGGAGGGGUUCUACCUGUCGCAGGCGGCGCGCAACAACAAGCACACCGCCGUGCUGUGCGUGGCCGCGCACACGCCCAGCAACAGGAAGGACAGACCUACCAAGAAGGAGAUCAUGUUCCAGAUUUACAGACCGAACACUGGCCUGCAGUUGAGGCUAGAAUCUCUGGCUGAGAUCGAGAAGAAAUACAAGAAGGUGACGAGCGAGGAGGCGGAGGGAGCGUGGAAGGCGCAGUACGCGGCCUCGCUGCGCGUCUGCAGCCACGCCUACUGGCGCUCCGCCUGCAGGAACGCCACUGAAUGCGAGGUGGGUCUGCGCGUGCGCACGCACCACGUGCUGGCGGGCUCUGUGCUGGCGGUGUGGGCGCGCAUGGAGGCCGCGCUGGCGGCGCGCGCCGCGCUGCACAAGAUGCAGGUCGUGCGCAUCAAGACAGAUGAUGGCAGGAAGAUUGUUGGAACAGUUAUCCCAAAGAAUUGUGUGGAGCCGCUUAAAGAGGCGCUCGCGUCUGACGCGGUGUCAGUCACCGAGCAGAAAUUCGACACAUCUGACGCGCUAAAAUGAACCCUCGCGACGUCAAUAUAAAGACUAGAUUAGCGCGCAGCCCGCGACCAGUUCCUCUCUCUUCAUUUAGCGCAUAUUUCAGGACCAAAGUGGUCCUAGAGGUAACAAACUCCGGGCGUGGUCCCGGACUUGGUCAACGAUAAGACCGUACGACUGAUUUUAUUUUGCCCCAUCAAUAACCCGAAUAUUCAAAUGGUCUUAAGACUUCAGUAUGGAGAUGGUAACUUAUUUAGAGAAUAUUUGUAGAAUAACUUCUAUUUAUAUUAGGAUGAGGGUAUAAGUAGUGGUCCGGUUUCGUUUCCUAUGUUUUGUGAUUAGUCAUUUGAGAAAGUGAUGUAUUUAAGAGCAAUGUGUUCAAUGUGAUUGUUUUUCUUGUUAUUGUACGCGAUAUUUUACACAUUGACUGAAAUUAUUUUGUUUGUUAAGGAUUUUGUUAACAUUUAAUUUUUAACAUAUUAAUCAACACCGACCAUCUGGCAACAUUUUUCUAAGUACUAUGAAGUUGCCUGCCGCAUUAAAUAUUACCAAACCUUAUGGUUGAUUAAAAUUAUAUAGAUUUUUUUAAGUAGGCGUUUUUUAAUAUGUUUUUUAGUAAAACGGCUAUAAAAUUAAACGGUUUUAAAAAUAGUUUGAUUCAAUGUGCUUAUUGUGAUCAGAUCAUAUGCUUUUUAUAAGUUAAGUUUACGACGGUAUUCUACUGACAUUGCUUCAGAGGUAAUUAAAAAGUUUAACUUUGUAAGUAUUUUCUUGCAAUAUGUUUUAUUUCGUCAAUAUUAGAGUAAGAAUGGCACUAUGUGGUGAAAAGAACUACAAACAACAUACUGUUUUAUCGACAGAGCAAACUUACAGUGUCUGUUUUACCGACAUAGCCCACACCGUGACUGUUUUACCGACAGAAUUUACUAUGGGCGAAACAGUCGCUGUAAAAAAUUAGUCUUUUGAUUAAGAAAUGAUUCUUAUUAUUAAAAAUUAAAACACCUUGACUUGUAUUGAUAACGUCGUUUUACAUACAUAUUUCAAUUUUAAUAUGUAUUCUUAUGAAAUUUAAUAUUAAGGUUCCAGACCCUAGUCUCUAGUAAUCUCUCAAAGUUAUGACACUAAUUAUUAUCAAAAUAAAACAAAAAAAAACACGAUAAUGAUAAUUUCUUAGCCACAUAUAAAUUUUAUGGAGUGUUGAUUUUUUUGUUUAAUAAAUAAAUCGACCCACGAAUUUAUAAUUUGUACAAACUUUUUAAAUUAGUGUUGUGUGAUGUUUAUCUGAAAAUAGCUAAGAACUUUUAAUCAAUUGUUUUCGAGUCAGAAAUAUGUUUGCACUAUUUGAAGUCUAAAUUAUCAGUAUGUUUUAACCAAAUAAAUAUUCACGUUUUAGAUUAGAAGCAACAUAUUGUAUAUUAAAACGAUUUUUAAUGAUUAGAUGUAGUUAAAAUGAAAUGUGAAAUUAGCGAGAGGCGGAGUGGCCAAAAACGUCUACAGCUAAGUAAUAGACCGAAUUUCGUGUGUUGCAGAUUGUCACUUGUAGAAAUAAACAUUAAACAAUUUUAACUAUCGCACUCAGAGACCUUAAGUGAGCGCUAAGAGUUCCUCAGUACAAGUUUCUCACAAUAUCGAAACUAAGGGAGACUUAAUGACUCUGGGUACGGCAGAUAAGCAGUUUCUUUAAUUGAAUAAUAUACUCAAGUCACAGUCUAUUUAAAUUCUUAUUUUUGAAGCUUAGUUUUUAUGUAAUAAUAGAUUCAGAUUGUGAGUAAAUAAGUGGACAUUGUUGGUUGAAAUACUGCAAACGGCUACGAUCGGAUGGUACAGGUAGACAUUUGUAAUGAACUCGAUUUAUAAAUAUAACGUAACACAUCUCAAAUUAAUGUUUAUGGAACGUCUUUUGUGUAUAAAGACAAAUAAAUGUAUGUAAAUAUUGA